CCAUUACAUCGCUCCAACGAAAUUGCAUUAGGACAAGUUACGAUCUAUCAUGUCUCCCGCAUCGACUACCUACUGGCGCAUUGCUGGAAUGACCUACUUACAGGUAAGAAACGAUGUCGUGAGGGACUUAAGUGCUUGGUUGAUUCAGUAUCUUGCGGAGAUCAUCACUUUUUUGUCGCCAAGGGUCACUGAAGCUGUUUUCUCGAAUCGACCUAGUCAAGUGUGAUCGAACAAUAAGAUUGGACAAAUGAUUAUGUUGUCGAUGCAGUAUCAUUCCUCAUGUAUUCCGACAGAUUUUUGUUUCUUCAGAAUAUCAAAUCUCACCAAUUUCUCGCUCUUUAUUCUUCCUCGUUUUUUUCCCCGCAUGUUUGUAGUACGUCAACAGAGCAGCGGGUGCUGUCCGAUCGGGGCUGAAGGAACCAACAAAGUCUAAGCUCCUUGCCCAAAGCGAAUUCAAAUACAAUGCUUCCGCCUGGGAAAGUGGCAUUCAGGGAGCAAAGAAGGAAAUCUCCGCCUUGGGUCAAGCUGGAAAAUGAGUUGGCGUCAUUAUCACCUGAAGUAAUCGGUUCCUUGCAAGUGAUUUCAUCACGUGAGCCUAUUCCCAUGGGUGUAGCACGGGGUCUACCUGUGUAAAAUAGAAUGUUUUUUCUUGAACUCAUUAUCUGAAGUUUUUAGGUACCAAUAGCUGGUAUCUUUCGUCUUAAAUGAACAUGGCUAGUGUUACAGUCGAUUACUGUUCGUUUACGAUCGCGUCCUUCUUCAAGAGUGGUUACCAUGAGACCUGCGAAAAACAGUUUCUCAUUAUGAUUUUAGAUUUUAGUACGAAGUAAUACAGUAUUUUAUGAUAA